GAAGAAGCAAGGUCCCAAACUGCGGGGAAAAGAAACACAACACAGCAACACCCCCCACCUUUCCCCCGUCGGUUUCCUUGGACGUCGACUCUUGCCCGCCAACUCCUUAGACUGAUUGAUGAGGACAGAUCCCAAUUCAGAUCUGAUUUAGUUUCGAUCCGCACCGACUCCCCAUCCCGAUGUCUGCUCUGCUGCGUCUGACCCUCUUCACCAAGGCCAACUGUGGUCUCUGCACCACCGCCAAGGAGGCGCUCACACGAGUCCAGGCCAAGAUCCCUUUCCAUCUCGAUCAAAUCGACAUCUACGCACCAGGACAGGAAGCCGCCCAAAAGUACAUGUUUGAUGUGCCCGUGGUCGAGCUCAAUGGCCGUGUUGCUAUGAUGCACCGUAUUGAUGAGCCCAAGCUGAUUGAUAUUCUACACAAAGAGCAGGAGAACACGGCCACUAAGUAGUCCAAGUGUCAGCAUUUUCAAACACGAAUAAAAAGCUUCGAAUGGUCCUUCCUUCUCUUUGAGGUAACCAUGGGCAAUCCCAUCCGCGAC